AUGGCCGGCGCCUACUCCCCCUACGGGUCCACACCCGCCCAGGAGUACAUCUACGACGAGAAGAAGUUUCCCAGCCCGUCCCCGACCCCAUCGCCACGGGGACCCAGCUACUACUACGGCGCAACACCGCAACGGCCCGCGACGCGAGCUCACUUCCGCAACGGGAGCACCAGUGGCAUCAACAACAGCAACACCGGCUAUGCUAGCCCUCGUGGUCCGUCCUUCUCACCGCGGUACACGAGCGACGGCCAGUACGCCACUGUCAAUGUGAGUGUCUCGCGGCCACGCAAGCCAAGUUUUUCGGGUCCGCCGCGCCCCUCGCGCGAGCGGCGCUCCUCUUUUUCCUACCAUCCAGCCUCGGUCUCCCACGGGGAAUCCGACGAGGACGAGUUCAUCGAUCUCGGCGGCCAAACCUUUGUGCUGCCGGGACGGUCGCGACCGAGACCGUACAAGGAUCACUUCACAGUCAACGCUGGUGGGCAUGGAACUGAUUACGGCUACUAUGCACAGGGCGGUCCAAUCUUCGACAGAGAGGCUGGGUUUGCGUCGGCACGGUUCGAGCCCGACCGCAGGCCGCCGCCGCCCGCUGGCCACUCCCGCCGCAGCUCCACCUCGAUGCCUCAACGGCCCCAGACCGCCCGGCCCUCGGCCAGCAUGCACAAGAAGCAAAGGCCCCGGUCCCCGCGUCUCGCACGGCCACUGCCGAAGAUGCCAAGCGGCACAGGAUUCCCGCUGGGUACUCGAUGA